UUUUAAAGAUUGUUUGUGUUCAUAGAAGAACCUUAGACUCCCCAUCAAAUUCAUCUGCGUUUCUUGUUCCAAAACCUCGUAUACAUUGUUUUCGGCCACACCAGGAUAGGGAUGCGCUUUAUGAAAAAUUAGAUUUUAUUUUUUCUCUAUCUGUAUCAUCAUUGCACGUUGAUUGCAGAUAAUUUGGUUUGUUUCAAGAGGUGGACUACGAAAUAAAAGAAAAGAAUGAUAAAGUAUUUAGUGGUGGCAUUCCUUCUGAUUGUGAGAGUCACAGCACAAAAGCCUCCUAGAAAUCCACCUCCUCCUAAAUGGUUGACACUAAAUGGGCAACAACCUGCAGUGAUAGCAAGGGGAGGGGUCUCAGGUUUAUUUCCUGAAUCAACUAGAAUUGCAUACGACCUCGUGGCACAAGUGAGUGUACCUGAUCCCGUUUACUAUUGUGAUCUACAAUUCACCCAGGAUAGUGUAGGCUUUUGCCAUGCGGAGUUGCAGCUUAACAAUGACACCAAUAUCGUGAACAUCUUUCCUCGAGGUGAAAAAACUUACAAUGUUAACGGAAAAGAUGUUCGAGGGUGGUUUGCUAUAGAUUAUCCAGCUGACGCUAUUUUAUCUAAUGUAACUUCUUUUCAGAAUGUUAUGACUAGACCAAAUGUGUUUGAUGGUCAACAAUUAAUGGUAGCCACAGACUUGCCUACAGUUACAAAAGAGCCUCCAAGCCUAUGGUUUAAUGUUCAGUAUGACAUGUUCUAUAACCAACACAAAAUCAGCCCAGCAGCAUACUUGCAGAAUACAAAACUUGGACGGGUUAGUUAUAUAUCCUCUCCAGAGAUCAACUUUUUAAAAAGCAUGGUAAAUAAAGUCGACAAGGUCCGCACCAAAUUAAUUUUGAGAUUCCUAGAACCACAAGCAGUUGAGCCUACAACAAAUCAGCCUUAUGGUGAAGUAUUGAAAAAUCUGGCAGUCAUAAAGCAAUUUGCUUCGGGUAUACUAGUGCCCAAGACAUACAUAUGGCCAGUUAACAAGGAACAAUAUCUUUUAGCACCUACCACUCUUGUAGCUGAUGCCCAUAGAGAAGGCCUCGAAAUAUAUGCAUCUGAUUUCGCCAAUGAUUUCCCCGGUAGCUAUAACUACAGCUACGAUCCAACUGCUGAGGUUUUGCAAUUUAUCGACAACGAUCAGUUUUCUGUUGAUGGUGUGCUCACAGACUUCCCUUUUACAGCAUCUGCAGCAACCGCAUGCCUAGCGCACCAGAAAAAAGCCACCAAGCGUCCAAAAACCGCUUUGAUCAUUACUCACAAUGGGGCUAGCGGAGACUAUGCAGGGUGCACUGACCUGGCAUAUGAUAAGGCGAUCAGAGAUGGGGCAGACGUAAUUGAUUGUUCAGUCCAAAUGUCAAAGGAUGGUGUAGCAUUCUGCCUUGAUUCAGCUGACCUUUUGGGAGACACUACUGCCAUCACCAGCUUUAUGUCUAGAUCCUCUAACGUCCCUGAAAUCCAGCCCAAAAACGGAAUCUUUUCCUUUGAUCUCACUUGGAGCGAAAUCCAAAGUUUGAAACCACAACUAACGAACCCUCUAUCACAAGACAUGGGAGGUUUACCAAGAAACCCAGCUAACAAGGACAAGGGUCAAUUCUUAACUCUUGCUGACUUUCUUGACUUGGCGAAAGCCAAAGCAGUUCCUGGAAUUCUCGUCAACAUCUUAAAUGCACACUUCCUAGCCUCAAAGAAAGGUCUUGACGUAGUAGGUGCUGUCACCAGUGCUUUAAGCAACGCCACAUUAGAUAAGCAGCCAACACAAGUUAUGAUCCAAUCAGAUGAUACCUCGGUGCUAGCAAAGUUUAAGGAAGUCCCAUCAUUUCGAAGAGUUUAUGCAAUUAGGGACACUAUAGGUGACGCCCCAAAGCCAUCUCUGGAUGAAAUCAAGAAAUUCGCUGAUGCGGUUGAUGUUCGAAGGUCCAGCAUUUUGAAAAGCACAGCCUCUUUCUUCAGCAACUUUACCAGAGUUGUUGAAGAGAUGCAUGCAGCUAAUCUAUCGGUACAUGUCUCCAUUCUGUACAACGAGUACACCACCCUGGCAUUUGAUUUUUUUGAUGAUCCCAUGCUAGAGCUUGCAACAUUUGUCGAGGGAGCCAAGGUUGAUGCAGUGGUCACUGAGUACCCAGCUACAGCAUAUGCCUAUUUCAGAACCCCAUGCUCAGAUCCAGCAUUAGAAAACAUGGACUUCACACUAGCUCCAGCGGAACCAGGGCAACUGCUUUUCUUUGUUGUGCCAGAAGCGCUUCCACCAGCAGGAGCACCAGCACCAACACUUGAUGCAGCGAGUGUUGUGGACCCACCUCUACCUUCAGUUUCUAAGGGGGAAAAUAACACAGCAGGUCAACCACCUGCAGAUGAGAAGAAGAAUUCUAGUGAGAGGAGAACCACCAGUCUGUGUCUCUCCUUUGUCUUAGCAUUGAUCAUGAGCUUGUUUCUUAACAGAAUAUACUUCUUUUAGGAUUUCACAAGGUUGUGUUGUAAAUGUAGUACUCCGCUUUGAGGUCGUUACAAAAAAUUAACUCCCAUUGAUAAUUAUCACACAGCAAACAUCGUAUUGUAACUCUCAUUUUGAUGGACAAAAAUAUUUGAGUGUGAGUGGGAAUUUUCUUUUCUGCU